CAACAAUAAACUUCUUGUGAGGGGGAGACAUGUUGUUAGUGAAAAGCUUUAUUUAAAUAAAGUUAUUAGCAAAAAUGUACAUGUUGAAGCAUUAAAAGUUAAUCGAGUAUGACUUUAAAUUUAUAUUUUUUUAGGUGAAUAUGGCGAAUCCCGUAAGAUUGGUCUCUUUCAUAGUUCGCAUCAUAUUAUGUGUCUUUGUUAAAAAAAAAUCUGAUUCGAUUGUCACUAACCCAUCACUGGGAUUACAUAGCCACCGAAACGAAGGCCGUACUUGUUGAAUUGGAAUAUUUGUUUUCAUGUUUAUAAAAAUGAUGGGUUAUGAUAAAGUUAUUGUUAUGACAUUCAUUCUGAUAUUCGUGCUGAGUGACAUACAUGCCAUAUGCAGGAAACGUUGCCGUGAAAAUAAGCCAUGUGGAGAUGGAUAUGUUUGCAAAGAAGAUAAAGCCAAAGCAAAGAGAUGCUAUUAUAAUAAUAAAGAUUACCAAUGUAGCAAUGGUUCCAUGGUGAAGGAAUGCGACUGCAAUUAUGAGUGUAGUGACAGUAUGGACGAAGUGUUAUGCCCAUGCACAGAAUAUAGUCAGGAAUUUGUAAGCAUUCCGGGAUAUUUCAUCGACAAUGAUUAUGAGGUUGCCUAUCAAGGUGGUCACACAGAGCAAAGCUGCAUGGAUUACUGCUUACGAGAACCAGACUGUGUAAGCUGCGAUCUCAGUACAUAUUCAGACACAUGCUUUCUAAGCUCUAUAUCUCCAGCGCAAGAUAAAGACGCAUUAGUUACAACUCUAGGCUAUAUCCUUUUUGUGAAAAAAUGCAAAAAUUGUGUAAAAUAGAAAAACCAAACAUCUUUGAUUGAAUUUUAGCCAAAUGCUGUCCUUUUGUUCAUCAUUUUAAUAUGUUCGAUUGACUUAUAUUUGUUGGAACAAUCAACGAUUUCAGUCGCGAUCAGAAAUGUUAUUACAUAUCACAAGUAAAUAUUUUAUUCAGAAGAAAAUCAUUGUUUGAGAUGCAGAUGAAUUACACUUAUCAUAAGUAACGGAAGUACAAUAUGAGCACUCUACGGUUGGUAAAAAAGACAUAACUUCAUAAUGUAAACUAUGUUGAAUUCAAUCGCAUUUCAAUCAGUUUGGUCCAUACGAGCCAUUAUUAUUAGGUUAUUUAACAUUGUUCUGUACAAUACGGAGAUAUAUUUGGACUCGUACCCAGCUGAGAAAACCAUAUUGGACGAGCCGUUAGGCGUGUUCAAUAUGGUUUUCUCAGCUGGGUACGAGUCCAAAUAUAUCUCGUAUUGUACAGUACAAUGUUAAAUAACCUUUUUAUUCUAUAUCUAUUUUAUCUUACUAUAAUAAUAGUUUUAAUUAAAAAUGUUUUCACUAAAUAUUGAAUUCCUGCCUUUUCUAGUUUUUCCCAGCUUGGUAUGAGUGCAAAUAUAUAUUAUACAGAACAAUGUUAGACCUUAAGUAACCUUUUUAUUCUAUAUUUAUUUCACUUCAUACGUAAUAUACGUAAUUCAUUGAAUGUAAUUUUUUUUGCGUAUCAUUAUUAAAAAAAGUAUAUGGCGCAACCUCCCUACAACAGCCAUUUGGCGAUUUGGGUGGUAACAAUACUUGGCUGAAAUAUUAUGCCCACAAACAUUGUCAGCAAGUUUGGUGAAGAUCGGAUGAAAACUGUUCGACUUAAAAGAGAGGACAAGGCUAAAUUCCCCGUUUUUCGAGUAAUUCAAGGACUAUAAUUAAAGAGUGCCUGGUACAAUUUGGCUGGUUAUCGAAAUUGGCCGAGAUGUAAUGCCCACAAACAUUGUCAGCAAGUUUGGUGAAGAUCCGACGAAAACUGAAUUAUAGAGCAGACAUGUUUUUGCUGCUGACCGCCCGUCCGCUGCCAUUCAUAAUCUUCUCCAUUUUGUUUCUGAACCGUUAAAUAAAAACUGCUGAGGUAGCUAUUCAGACAGUCGGAGCUAAUACCAAUUUCUAGGUUUCGUCCGGAACGGCUUCUUUUAGUGUCUUUUCAAAUAUUCCAACAUCUGAUGAUCCUUUUUACUGUAUUUUUAAGUUUUUGAUUAUUAACGAACGUUUUAAUAUCUAAAUCAGAUAGUAUUGUUAUCCCUUGAAUCAUUUUUGUGUGUUGUAAACAAAAAAAAAACGAAUGUUUCUCAUUGCAGAGUUGGUGCAGCCGUUCUGCGCUUGCGCGGAAUUAUUAUCAAAUGGAACGCACGGCAAAAAUACUCAUUUUUUUGCAUGUCUGCACGCAUUUAGUGUAUAAUGUGCAUAAUAUACUGACUAAAGGUUAGGGUUAGAAUCACCAUGGUUACAAAAUAUAUACAUUUAAGGUAUUUUUGUUCAAAUUUAGUUAAUCCGGUAUAUACCGGAGUCUGUAAUAUAUCACGGGCGCACCAACUCUGUAUUUAG